CAUGUAAAGAAAUGGACUUGUUCCAAAACAAAGACAAUCUGUGAAGAGCAGCAGUUGAGGAUUGUGAACAAUUGCUGUCAUUUAAGGGAGUAUGUAGAGAAGAUGGCAGAAGACAAAACGGACGAUAGCUACGAAACAGCAGUCAGGUCUCUUGAGGAAAUAGAAUCUGUGGCCACCGAGCUGCUAUUGCAAGGUCCCGUCGACAAACUCAAGAUUAACUUCAAAGACUAUUUCAAGAAAGAAGGGAAAAGCAUCGAGGAAACCAUACAUGACAUUACAGAACUCAUCAGGAGGGCUCUUCCAAUGAAAAAACAAAUGGCUUACCAGAUUGUGGUGGACAAAGCCUAUCAACAGACAUGCUUGGAAUACUUCAAUGCCCUGCUGAAUAGUGUCUAUAACCACUUAUUAAAAAAGUGGGGGAAUAUUGAACACCGGAUAUAUCAGGAUGCUAAUAUAAUUCACAGGACGUUCGAAACUCUGAGUUCAGGUGUUGAAAAUCAUGUCGGACUCAUUUGCAGUGUAAAUGACAUUCUUAAGACAAAGGACCUGGAAGCGUUAAAACUAGACGCAGCUGUUUUUUUUUCAAACAACCCAGAAAUAAGCGUUCAACAGCUCGGCGCCCUGUUGAAAUGGAUAGAUAUUCCCCACUCAGAAAUAAGGAGCAUUUUAGACAUGUGCAGCAAAGUUGUGGCAAAUAAAGAGUUUAACCAAAGAGUAGCAGUCAGGAGGCUUUUGUGGUUGCACUUAUGCUGCUGUGCAGAAGAAGCUUGAACUUGGGAACAUGGUGCAAGGGCGGGGUUUGCCUGGGGUGGCACAUCUGCUUGCGCUGAGAAAUCACAACAUCCAAGGCCUCCCAAGCUUAGUGUUCAAUGUAGAUACACAUGCAAAGCUGUAAACGCUCAGUUAUAAGGUAUAUAGCACACAAAACAGUUCACAUCUUCUUAUGAAGGGUCUUUUUAGGACUGUUUAAAACAGCUCUUAUUUAUAAUACCACAGUUUCUGUUAGAGAAUAGCUACUACUGAUAGUGCAGAGUCGUGGAUAUUAGUCAGAAUACAGGCUGACGCUGUGUGUGGCAGGCAACUGGAGGAAUGUUGCGGGAACUACAAGUGGACAGCGAGAGGAUGAGAGCCAGGAGCAUGAAGCAGAGAUGCAGUGGCUCAGUUAAAUGACUCGGCCACUGUUCAUGUACAGGAGUAGCUCAUCUGUACUGUUCAGAUGUAACGCUACCUGAUUAUAAAGGGAUUUGCUGCAACACUUUAAAACAUAUUGUAUGCUGAUGUUAUGCUACGAUUAUAAAGGGAUUUGGUACAGCACUUGAAAACAUUUUGUAUGCUUGUAUUCUGUCUCCAAUGGAGACACAUUGUCCAGUAUGAUUUUUAUUAUUGUGAGUUGUGUAUAUCGAAUAACAGCACUGCUGAGAUGAUUUUUUUUUUGAG